AUGGCCAUAGAAACAACAUCGUGGCGACGCGUCACCCCGACCCAAGCAGGAAUUCCUCCCUUCUCCGUUUUCACAAAACAAAUACAGAAAUCACCUCAGGACGAUAGGGAGUACAGAAUAAUCGAACUCGAAAAUGGUCUCAAGGCCGUUUUGAUCCACGACGGUAAAGCUGAUAAGGCUGCAGCUAGUCUUGACGUCGCAGUGGGGCAUUUGUCAGAUCCGGAUGAUAUGCCUGGACUGGCUCACUUUUGUGAGCAUUUGUUGUUUAUGGGCACGGAACAAUUCCCGAAGGAAAACGAGUAUCAGGAAUACCUAUCUAAGAAUAACGGCGGAUCCAACGCGUACACUGGUGCCUCAAACACAAACUAUUACUUCAGCGUUGCCACAUCCGCGCUACCUGGAGCGCUCGCGCGGUUUUCAGGAUUUUUCCACUCUCCGCUAUUUUCGCCUUCGUGUACAUCGCGUGAACUGAAUGCUGUUGACUCGGAGCACAAAAAAAACCACCAACAAGAUUUGUGGCGAAUUUUUCAGCUGACUAAACAUCUCAGCAAACCAGGCCAUGUUUGGAGCAAGUUUGGUAGCGGAAACAGGGAAUCUUUAAGUCAGGCCGCCAAGGACCUGAAGGCGAAGGGAAAAUUACCUCUGGAGAAUGGAAACUCAACCUCGGCGUCUACUUUGAGCGUUAACUCAUCCCCUAUAUCAUCGAGAAUUGCGUCUCCUGCGCCGUCUGUAUCGUCGACCAAUAGCGAAGCAGAGGCGGACGGUGGGGCGAUCGGGAGGGAAACAAGAAGAAGGGUGGUUGAGUGGUGGGGUCAGGAAUACUGUGCUAGCAGAAUGCAUCUUGCAGUGCUUGGAAAGGAAUCCUUGGAUGACCUUGCUGAACUCGCUUCAAAAUUCUUUUCACCGAUUCCUAACCGUCAGGUGGACCCUUUGCCUAUGAUAUAUGAUCAUCCUUUUGGUCCAUCCCAGAAAGGCACGUUGCUCUCUGUGCAAACGAUCAUGACAUUCCAUGCUGUGGAUAUUUAUAUCCCCAUUGAAUAUCAAGCUCCUUACUGGAGGCACAAGCCGGGUCAAUUCCUCGCACACUUGAUUGGACACGAAGGCCCAGGAUCUGUCUACUCGUACCUCAAGAGUAAAGGAUGGGUUACCGGGCUGAGUUCCAGUCCUUCACCCCUUGGUCGAGGUUUUGAUACAUUCAGGAUUACGAUAGAGUUGACAAAGGACGGUUUCAAGAACUACCGCUCUGUCAUCCUUACCGUUUUCAAAUAUUUUUCGCUUUUACGUUCUCGCGACUUCGAUGCCUACCAUCAACGAGAAAGCGCGAUACUUUCUGAUAUCCGUUUCAGAUUCCUCGAGAAGCGAAAGCCAGAUCAGUAUGUUUCUAAUAUCGCAGAGCGGAUGAAGAACCCUUACCCUCCCGAACUUCUGUUGGCUGCUUCGUCUGUUACUUGGGAAUGGGGUGACGAAUUUCCUGGGGCGAGUACAGCAGGUAAAGAAACUGUAGACGAGAUGCUUAAACGGUUCAAGCUUGAGAAUGGGAUGAUUGUGUUGAUGGCAAAGGCGGAAGAACUAGAGGCCGUACUUGGUCUUAGCAAACAGGACGUCUGGGAGAAGGAACCCUGGUAUGGGACACAAUAUCGCUUUGAGCGUUUUGAUGAAGAUUUUCUACGACAGACCUCAGCUCCAAAUGACCUCAACGAGCUGUUCCUCCCUGGAGUGAACGAAUUCAUUCCCACAAAUUUGAAUGUGGACAAAGGGGACCAUAUUGAGCCUGUUAAACGCCCUCGUCUAAUCAGGGAAACACCACUAUCUACUUUAUGGCAUAAGAAAGAUGACCGCUUUUUCGUCCCGAAAGCUCACGUCUUGAUUGAUCUACGAAGCCCUGUCUCGAACUAUUCUGCAAGAUCAGCUGUGUUAACACGUUUGUUCACGGACCUUGUCACUGACUCUCUUGAAGAGUUCUCGUACGAUGCAGCCCUUGCCAGUUUGUCAUACAGUUGCACCUCGCAUACGAAGGGAUUAUACGUCAGUCUCCAAGGAUACAAUGACAAAAUGCCCGUGCUGGUUCAGCACGUCCUAGACAAGGUCAAAACUUUACAAGUCCGUCCUGAUAGAAUGCGUGUUGUGAUAGAACAGAAUAAACAUAAUUGGGAGAAUUUUUUCCUCGGACAAUCGUAUCAACUCUCAGAAUACUACGGGCGAUAUCUCAUGACGCAAGAGCAGUGGACAGUAGACGAGUAUCUGAAGGAAUUACCGACAAUUUCGGCGGAGGAAAUCAACGAGCAUGCGAAAAAUAUCCUGUCGGAUGCCAAAUUGAGGAUUCUCGUUUCCGGAAAUGUGUACAAGGAUGAGGCUAUCAAGAUUGCAGAAAUGGCCGAAGCUGGGUUGGGUGCCUCAGCUACUUCUCACUCUGAUCUCAAUGAUCGCGCCUUGAUUCUACCCCAAGGAUGUAACUUGAUCAAGAUAGGAACUAUUCCCAACCCCAACCAAACCAACUCCUCUCUUACAUACUACGUUCACAUUGGGUCUGUCAGCGACCGUCGCCGUCGUGUUGUCGGUGCCCUGCUCACUCAAAUCCUUACCGAGCCUGCAUUCAACAUUCUUCGAACGAGAGAGCAACUGGGAUAUGUCGUGUUUUGUGGAUAUUGGACUUUAUCUGGGGCAAGUGAAAAGGGUAUUAGGAUCGUUGUGCAGAGUGAGAAGACGCCUGGAUAUCUGGAAUCACGGGUGGAGGCCUUCUUGGAAGAGAUGAAGACUAAUAUCGAGGCGCUGACACCGGAGAUGUUUGAAGAACAUAAGUCGAGCUUGGAUAAGAAAUGGAGAGAAGAUGAGAAGAACCUUGCAGAAGAGGCUUCCGUUUUCGCGAGUCAAAUCAACAGUGGACAUCUAGAUUUCUACAGACAUAUCACGGACGCGAACACCCUGAAGAAUGUCACUAAAGACGAAGUCUUCUCCCUCUUCAUGUCGCAAGUACACCCGUCAUCCAGAACCAGAUCAAAGCUUUCAGUUCAAAUGCGCGCGCAGAAUAUCAAACCUAAACGAGUCAGUGCUGCCGCAUCUGAGGCUUUCGAAGCGCUUGUUCGUGAAGCUGGUGUUGAGACAGUCGCAGGGGCUUGGAAGGAAUCGAUUCCAGACGAGAAGCCGAUGGUCGAGGAUUUCCAAAAGUACUGGAGUGAAGUAUUGGCGAAUAACGAGCGAAGCGAGGACUUGAUAGAGAGUAUAUCAAGGCUUGUGCAAGCGCAUCCUGUGGAAGGCGAAGGACAGGAUCCUCCCCGAUCGGACGCGACAUACAUUGGGGACAUGAAGCAAUUCAGAGCCAGUUUGCAGCCAUCGGAAGAUUUAGGUGUUAUGGUCGAAUGGGGAGAUUUACCAGUGUCGAAAUUUUGA